UCGAGGCUCGAGGGCGUGGACUUCACCGCGUUGUCCUACGAGAGGAGGUUCGGCGAUUUCGGGCACGGCCAAACUGCAGGCUCCAGGGUCUCUUACGUGCCCGUUCUUUUGCACGCCCCUAGUGUUUUCCACACCUGUCGAAGUACACAGUCACAUACGUUCUCACUUUGUGGACGGUGAGUUUGUCCUGCUGCUUGUGGACGGUGAGUUUGUCCUGCUGCCGUCUGGCUUCGAAGAUGGACACAUUGAUGACGCUCCCGUCGCCGACCCCAGCAACCAAAUACCGAGCAGUGGGAUCCGCGGGCCUGGACCAGGUCAUGAGGGAGCUGACGAUCAACACGGCCAAGAACGUGGUGGCCUUCGACGGGGCCAACAGACGCCUGCAGGGCGCGCUGAGCCAGGUGGCGCUCGCCGGCGAACAGCAUCCAUACCUGGAGCCGGUCAAGCAGGGCACCAAGAAGUACGAGGCCGAGAAGAAGGUAGCGUUGUCCAUCGAGGAGCGCGCACUUCUCGUUCCAGCAAGCGCCGCGAAGCUGGACAAGUCGGCCCCCGACGAGAAGAAGAAACCGGUGAUUGCGUACCACUCCAGCCAGAGCGACAUCAACGCGAUUUUAGGCCAUGUCAUCACGUGUCACCAAAAGAAGGCGCAUCGUCAGAAAACUUGGGGCGACAACGACAGAUACAAGAUCGCGCUGCUGGCGAUCCCAAAGUUGAGCGUGGCGUCGGUGGAGAUUUUCACUGUGAUCGCUCUCGAGCCAGAGGCGGAGGUCAAGAAAGGGGCGCCCCCUCGUAACCCCAACAUCAGGAAGGUCUUCGCGGGGCUGGUGGGGAUAGGGGAGUACCAGGAGAUGGCGCAGACGCAGGAAUAUCAUUGUGUUUUCAGGCGCAGGGGACUGAACGAUAGUGGUGGGCCGUGUCUUAGAGGACCAGAUGACCAUCUGAGGGGCCUAUCGGCGAAUCAGCACGUUCCGCCGACCCCGCCUUGUAGUGUGUGCCACUCGAGAUCAGUUUCGCGAGCUCGUGAACUUCGCGGGAUUUAAUGUCUAGGCGACAUCCAGACAUCCGAAUGUGCCCUGCUGGACUGCGGGCGGUGAAAGCCCGCGCUUUCAUCGCCGCCGCCGUUCCAGCGUGGGGGGGCCAGUGCGUCGUAACAUUUUGUUGUUCCGGCUUCGCGGUGCGUCUUGUCACUUGGAGUGGGCAGGAGGCCCCUCGCGAAGAUCGAGGGGGCCUCAGCUUAGUUGUGCCUCGCGACCGUGCUUCCAGUUCGAUACUGGGCGCGAUUCAUAUUCUCUGGCAGUGCGACCGGGGAGUCUCAGAGGUUAGAGAAGAAG